AUGAAGAAAUUACGUCAAAAGCUUGCUAAGAAGGACAAGAAAAAAGAAAGUGGUUCUAAGAAAAGAGGACACAACAGUCCUGAAAGUAAAACUCCCGUCAAGAGAAGAAUAGUUGUCGAAGAAAUUUGUAGAGAUGAGCUUCCUAAGGAAUUGAGUUAUGUUAUAAAGGAAAUUUCAAGUCAUCCUCUUAGAUUUGUAAGUUUAUGCAAUUUAAGAUUUAAAGAUGAAAUUAAAGAAGUUGUCGGGCAAGAAGUGUUACACUUAUUUGAGAAGACUAUUUUCGGAUAUUAUCUCAACAUAUCUAUUUCUAAUUAUAUUAGACAAAUAACAAAAUGUAUUCUUAUGCUUGAGAUCGAGCAAUCAAAUCAAGAAGAGACACAUGUUUUUGUCAAAGGUCAGAUCCUUAGAUUUUCCAUCAAUGAAUUUGCUUUGAUUAUCGGCUUAAACUGUUUUGGUAAUGUUGAUGAUUUCAAAUAUGAAGAUUUUUCUCUGAGUAGGCUUAUGAAAAGGUAUUUUCUACAAUCAAUCAAUGGUGUAGAUAAGGAGGCAUUGGUGGAACAUUUUCUGAAGGAAAAUUUUGAAAACAAAGAGGAUGCCCUCCAGAUGGCAAUUCGAUAUUUCAUACACACUUUUAUCUACUCACAGCUGAAUGCUUCUCCCGUGCCAUUUUUUGAUUUGAAAAUGGUUGAAGAUGGAAAAUAUCAAUUCUUUCCUUGGGUUGCUGUUAAGGAAGGAAAUAACAUACCUUGCAUAUUGAAUUGGAGCGUUGUUGCAGUCCGACCUCAGUUUAAUCAGUUUAUGACCGUAAUGUUUAGCAAGUAUUCAUAUGCCAACAUUUUUUCUACUGCAGACGAGUUUGAAAAACUUGAUUUGGUGUGCACUAAUUUUGCAUCUGAACAACAUAGUACAUCUUCGGUGCCAUCGUCUUCUAAAAAUCAAGAUCAGAGGAGAUACAAAGCCAAUUUACCACAAGUUACCGAAGAUCAUGAUAGUUUUGAUGACUUCAGUUCUACCCUUCCACAAUUUUUUAUGAGGAAGUCGAUACAUGUAUCCCGUACAGUAUCUGAACCUAUGACAAUGACUGAAAAAGAUGUUCCAACAGGAAGAAGAUCAAAUCGUAAAAAACAAACACAGUUGCGAGACACAAAAAAACAGACAACAGUGAAACAAGAAGAUAUGGAAGAAAAGAGUAAAGUUGAUGCUGAUUCAACAUCCACAUUAAACAGGAAAGACCUUGUGGUUAAAGCGGACCUACAUUCGUUAGAGUUUGAAAUGAAGGCAUACAUGAAGGCAUACAGCCGGCAAGAAUGUGAUCCUUCAGAUGACGUUGUUGAUGAUGCAGGACCUACGAGUACUGACAGUGCAGUGAAAGAAACUGACAAAUCGAUUGAAAUGGAGGAUGAUAAAGCCAAUCAAGCACCAUUAUUACUCAAGAAAGUUGAACAGCAUGAAAAGGAUGUUGGAAUUGAGAAGCAGAGUGACAUAGUUGUUGAAGAAAUUCAGCCGCUUGAAAGUAUUAUUUCAGGUCAAGAACAUGAUUUGGCAUUGAUGAUUUACAAGCCUCCACCAACAACUUCAGCAGAGUAUGAGAUUAGUGACACCACGAUUUUGUCUGCCUUUUCUACACCACAAAAGAAUAUGUCGGCUAAUAAAAAUGUACCUUCACCACGCUCAAGAAAGCCAUCGAAGAUUUAUCGUUCUCCUUUUUUGACCCAUUUUAGAUCAAGUUCUAAAGAAAAGAAAAAGUUGAUUUUUAAAGAGCAAAAAAAAUACCCAUUCGAAGGUUAUCACAUUACUGGGGAUUCACCCACUGUAGAGAUGAAAAUAUUUGAAGAAUGGAUUCAUGAUGGCCUCUAUGAGAAACACAUGAAAAAGAAAGAUAAUGACGAUCACUACAAGGUUAAUUGUUCAACACUUGAAUUUCGUCAACUAGAUUUUGUAGUUGUUUUUCCAAAAUCCAAGAACUGA